ACGGGGUACUCGUCGCAGAUUAAUGCCGAAUUAGUAGAUUGGUUGCCUCUGAAUGCUUUGUAAUUGUUCAUCAUGCGAAUUGUCAACUUUAGCGAAGAAUUCAACCCUGAGAUAGAGGAGGAAUUAUUGAAGUCUGUUAAAUCCAUCAGCGAUACCGAUAGAGCCUUCCUUAGGGAUUUCCUUCAACAAAGACAAUAUUUAGCUAAAAAUCGAAUGAAAACUGUUUUGGUGGCUUCAAGGGAGAAAACAGCAAAGGAGAACCAAUCCCACAUUGCAUGUGAAAUCAUAUUUGUGCAGUACUUUGCUGGCGGAAACUAUGGCUUCUUAAAGUUUAUUUCUACAGCUGAGCGAUUCAACGAACUCGAAGAACUGAAUCAUAUCAGACUGCAGUUAGUAAACGAGGCCAUUUCAGUGGUAAAUAAGGUCAGUUUCUACCUUUUAGAUGCCGUUCGUUCUUGCUAUUAUAAUUGAAUAAUUAGAGGGGAACAACUUUAAUAGGUGAACCACUGAGCUGGGAAAAUUAGGUCAUCGUCUGUUUUCAUCCGUCACUAAAUGCGCCAAGACCCUCCAUAAUUAUAAUUAGAAUGAGUAUUUUUUUUCGUAUUCCUAAUUUAAAUAUUGUUUUGUUUAAGGAAGGGUGAUUUGAUUUAAUAAAAUAAGUCCUGGUUUGUUAAGUGUCUUAUUUCCUUAAGGUGUUUAGCUAUUAAAGGCAACACAAACUUCAGUUUAAAAUAAUUUAUUAUUAAUAAUAUUAAAGAAUACCUGUUGAAUCAUAUUAGGUGACCAAAAAAUAAAACCCUUAAAUAAAACAAUGUUUCUUAACUCCCAUGGGUGAUCAAGAUAAAAAUUUUCGUCACAAUAUCAAGCAGACAAGUGAUGAGGAAAAAGAAAAAUACCAAUUAGGGGAUUGUAGUUGAUCCAAUACCAAAUUCUCCAAACUAAAGUCACAAGAAUUAUGGCAGAUGGUAAGGAAGGGAGAAGUCAAGUGCCAAGACGUUUGUUCUCAUAAUCAAACAUUUAACCAUUGUAAUCCUUAAAGAAGGGACACCAAAUUUGGUCACUCUGGGGCUGAGAGGGCAAAAUACAGUCAAACCUGAAUUAAGCAGUUAAUCCCACAGGGAAUGGUGUGGUGACAGCUUAAUCCUUUAACUCCAGUGAGUGACCAAGACAGACUUUCCCCUUACAAUACAUGCAGACAAGUUAUGAGAAUAAAGAAAAAUGUCAAUUAUGGGACAACUAAUUGAUCUGAUACCAAAUUCUCCAAACUAACAUAAUGAGAGUCAUUUGCCAGACAGUAAGGAGAAUUGCUAAUGAGAUCUUGGGAAUUAAAGGGUUAAUACAAAUGUUUUCAGAAUAAGGGUAUUAUAAAAAUAGAUAAAUGUGCAUACACUUACUCAAAAAUACAAAAAAACAUUGACUUUGGGAGACAAAAAUGGAUUAAUGUUAUGUGGAAGAUUUUUCUUAGUUUUAUUUGUCUGAGUUGUUCCACUUCAAGUGACUGUUCAGUGCAGGUUGAGGACAAUACCAAAAGACAGUUGGAACUCUGAAAACUGACCACUUAACCCUUUAAAUCCCAAGAUCUCCUCAGAAAUUCUCCUUACUGUCUGCCAUACAAUUCCAACGAUGUUAGUUUGGAGAAUUGGGUAUUGGAUCAACCAAUAAUCCCCUAAUUGAUAUUUUUCUUUAUUCUCAUUACUUGUCUGCUUGAUAUUGUACUGAUAGUGUAAGGAGAAAUUCUGUCUAAGUCACUAGUGAAACUUAAAGAGGGUGACUGCUUAAUACACUGCUACUCUGUAUUUUUGCAGAAGUGCCAAAAGAACUGGAUAAUUCUUUAUUUUUCUCUGCCUGCACUUUUAUUAUAACAUGUGUCAACUAGCUUUUCUAACCAAAUUUUGAAAAACUAAAUUGAUUGAAAGAGUACCUGACCAAUCUUAAAUAGAUCCAAAAAUUUAAUAGAUUGAAGUAAAGGAAAGCUUGGAUACUUUCAUUAUCAUCCAGAAUGGCACUAACCAGCGUUAACCCUUAAAAUCAUAAGAGUGACCAGCAUCUUAUUUUUCCUAGCAGUUACACCGCUGAAUUAUUUAUUGAGAUCAUGAGAGUAAAGGAAAUGAUUGCCAACCUAAAAAGCUUUAACUGUUGAACAAAUUCUCCUCGUCAGUCUAAAGGAAAUGUUUAAAGAAAAGUGUGGAGAAUAUAGUAACUGAUGUUAGGGUGUACAGUGUUAUUUAAAUCUAAGGUUGCAUCCUUGAGAUAUGGAGUAUUUUUCCUUAACUCUUUUUAAAGGGAACUCCCAAGAUCUGAUUGUCAAUUCUCCUUUCUAGUGGCUACACAUUUCCUUGUAAAUUAGUUAGGAGAAAUUGGUGUUAAAUAUACCUAUUAUUAGUAUUAUCAUUAGCUGUUUGUUGGAUAAUAAUUUGGAUGUUGUAAGGAGAAAUUACAUGUUGAUUGAACAAUUUCUCUACCCAGUUGUGCACCUUAAGUUAUGUUGAGAGUGCAUCAUAAACCAUACUUCUCUUGAUUUUCUCAGGAGACUACCACAAGUAUUAGACUUACUUUAACCUUUAACUCCUAAGAGUGAUUGGAUUCUAAUUUCUCCUCACAAUAUCACCCUUGAAUCAAACAUUAAGGUCACAAGAAUAAAGGAAAUGAUCACCAACUAGAGGAGCUCUUGAUUGUUAAACAAAUUCUCCUUGUCAGCACUUAAGGAAAUGUAUAGAGAACAGAAUGGAGAAUAUAUAUACUGAUGUUUGGAUGUGAAGGGUUAAUGUGCAUUUAUUAUUGCUUUUUUUACAGUAUGCUCAACGGUGUGGUUUUGAUAACUGCAAGGAAAUCUUCUGUGUGAUUAAAAAGAAGCAUAAUUCUAAACCUACCAACAAGUGUGCAGAAUCAGGUCUUUGCAAGUCUCUCUACAUAGCAGGAUUUCGAUGGAUAGAGGCUGAUCUUAUUUCUUCUGAUUUUGGAAGUCAGUGUUGGACUUGUUUGAUUGUUUACAGGCCAAAUUUAGUUCCUAACUAUCAGGUUGAAAAUGGUAUCAAAUGGGGCUACAUUGCAACAUCUGUACUACUAAACUUUUGUGAAGAUAUUGUCACUAUUUUGAAUUCAUCCGAUUAUGGAAAACAAACUAUGAGGCAAGUAAAAGCCUUAAUGAAUAAUUUUGAAGAAAGUUCAAGCCUGGAUUCAAAUAUUGUCCAACCCUCAUUUCCUUGGAAUGGUAUGUAUGCAGUGCUCUUGUCAAUAAUAAAUAAUUUCAAUAUCAAUUGUUAGAGCUAAAAUUUAUUUUUUCCCUUUUGUAGUUGAGUGGCCAGGUGAAAAGGGGCUGUGCCAUCUCAAGCUCUACUUUUACUUCUUUAAUUUCAGUUUCAGUGGAAACCUGGUUAAGCUUCAGGCAAAAAUGGGUCUUUGUGAACAUAAAACUUAACCUUUUUCUGAUCUUCUUUAGGAAGAGUAGGACCUUCUCCUGCAAAUCAGGUUGUGGUUGUUGGUGGAGGGCUGGCUGGGCUUUCUGCAGCAGCUUCUUUGUCUAAGGCUGGUAUUCCUGUUGUCCUUUUGGAGGCAUCCAAUUAUCUAGGUAAAGGGUAUCAAUUUUGAAAAGAUCAUAUCAAGUGAUUGCAAAUGAAAAUGCUCUUAUGUGAAAAGUGGUUUAUAAAAAUGCAGUUGUAGUUCUCAAGAGCCUACAAAACUAAAGCUUGCUGCCUAGAAGAAAAGAAGCUAAGCUUUUAAGGUAUCUUUGCAAUUUUUUUUAGGUAAAACUUGUGGAAAAUUUAACUUACAGAUUCCACAUUGCCACACAUCUGUCCAGUAAUAGAUCAUAGAUGACUCCAAAAUGUCUUAGAAUAAAAAGUGAUUUAUGAGGUGCAGCUGAGUGUGACACUGAUAUCCUCCAAGAAAAGACAUGAAACUGCUGUAAUCAUUUGAUAAUUGCAUCUGAUACAGUUCUAGGGCUAUUGGGGGGGGGGGGGGGAGGGGGCAUCUACCCUCAUGAUCAGGAACUAAUAUUUACUUGGAUAUACUUUGAAUUAACCCAGGUGGAAGAGUGAAGCAAGUUCAGCCAUUUGAAGGGUUUGCUCCAAUUGAUCUUGGUGGAGAGUUUAUCCAUGGAUCUAACACUGUGGUGAACAAGAUUGCAUGUGACAAUGGCUGGGUUGUUCUGCCAGUAAGUUAAGUCUUGUACCCUUUCUCGUAAUUAAGUUAAAAGGUAUAUUUUUUAAUUUUCUCCACCGAAAUAAAUCUCUCUAUUAUUAUUUGUUAUAAUUACAAAAAAUUUGGCUUGUGAAACAGAUUCAAAGCUUGUAUGUUGUUGCUGAGCCUCCCAUCUGCAUGGAUAAAUGUUGUACAAGCACUAAGUUAAUGUUAAAGUGAUAAUCUUUCAUGAACACGUUUUGAGGGGGAAUGGAGUGAGGUGUGCACUAUACGUUAGGUGAAUUUUUUUGAAGUCGCCAAUCUCCUUUCACCUGAGAACAUUUUUGCCGUGGAAAGGCUCAUGAUGGUGAAAAUUGUUUCGAGUGCCAUUCUAAUAAUAGAAGAUUUUCAUCCUAAUGCAUAAAAGCCUUUCAGAUAAAUUUUACGCACAUGUCAUUUUUUCAGGCCCCUCAAUGUGAAGCUGGGGAAGAAGGAGAAAAAUUAUUCCACAAAGGAAUAAGUAAUAAACGGGAAAUCAGACUUGCUCGAGAAGCGUGGGCCGAAUUGAUCAACAGCAAAUACAGAAAUCAAGAAAAGGAAACGGAAUAUUUGUCUGAUUCUGUGAAGGUGAGACUUGAAGAGAAAGGCUUGUCACGUGACGUGUUGGAUGUAAUUGAUUGGUGGAAGAUGAAGAUAUCUGCAGGAUCCUUGGAUUACUAUGGAGUGCGGGAAGGGCGGAGGAGAAUGGAGUCCAAAUAUGAGUGGGGAAUUGAAGAUUGCAGGUAAAAUAGUUUUUGAAUUGGUUCUUUUUUUAAAAAGACAACCUCAUUUUAACUUUACUUUCCUACAGGGCUUAACUCGCGAAAAGUACUCUGUUGCUUAACACAGCGCUCAAUCGCCUUCCUAGCUUUUCUUGUUUUGAUAGUUAAGAACUCUGCUGUGAUUUAGACAUUAAAAUUGUAACAAUAGGAAAGCAAAGAUAAACUUCAAGGGAAAAGUCUGAACUGAACUUCCGUUUUACUACAUGCUAGUUUUGUUCGAGUGAUAAAUUUUAAUUCUGUUCCAAAUGCAUUGAAAUAAACUCGUUUUUUUUAUGACGAUUUGAAGCUUGAUCAAAAACUAGUAAAUGGGAAACGCAUUUUGAUUAGCUAUAUUAUAUAGUUCGUUUCGAAGCGCUUUUUCUAUUCCGGUUAUAAGCCCCCUCGUAUAUAAUCCCCCAGGUUUAUAGCCCACCAAAGACCCCUUACGAGGUUGUAUAAGUCCUGGGGUUAAAAGCGGCAGUUUACGAUUUCGUGAUAAAAAUGUCUGCCUGUAGAAUUCGUGGUAUUCUGAAGAUAAACCAGGGUCGUAGUCAAUUUUUCAUACACUGAGUUGUUUACUUGAAGUUGUUUUGGUACAAGGUACCAACGCUCUUUGUCAUUGAAACUUUUUCCUUUAGACUCGCAGAAUCUUACUCACAACUGGUGAAGUACUACUUGGUUAACAGUAUGGAUGUGGAUAAGCGUCUUAACUGGCAGGUUAAGGAAGUUGUUUGGAAAGGUUAGCUCUUGCGUUUUAGUUUUUAUUUAUUUCAGGAAACUGUCAGCGCGCAAUUGAUUUAUAGCAGUAGUUUAUUCAGAGAAUUGUGGUUGCCUGUGUGUAACAUUUUCCCUUUGUUAGAUUUGAGUUUCGUCCUUUCAUGAGAGUUUCAUGCAGUUAACCUCUUUCUGAAAUUGUUGGCAUAGUUGUUGUGCUUCUAUAUGAUUAUUACAAAGCUUUUGUAUCUUAGCGAUGGUUACAUUUUUUUAUUUUAACACCUUUUCCUUGUCCUCCUAAAAAAGUUGCAUUUGAAUGGAAUAUAAGAGGGCUUAAGGAUUCACAUGCUAACAAAUAUUUGGCGAGGAAAGAAUGUCUGGAUUCAUAUAUUUUGGGCAGGAGACAGGGUGAGAUCCAACAACAGUGGACGAAUUCUUCUGAAAAAUCAACAUGGCCGGGAGAUGACCGCCAAGCACGUGAUCAUUACCGUACCACUAACAGUCCUCAAAGAUGGCGACAUAACCUUCACUCCAGCACUUCCCGCUGACAAGAACGAGGCCAUACGCACUAUACAGAUGCUAGGCGCGUGGAAAAUCGCUUGUCGUUUCAAACGCCGCUUCUGGCCGGAGAAGCUACAUCAAAUUUACAGCGUUCGUGGGUUCGCUAGUGAGAUAUGGACUUGCUCACAUGAUUGUCCCGACAGUGACGAAAAAUGUCACGUGGUUGUCGGGUUUGAAACUGCUGAGCCCGCGGAAGAGAAACGGUAUCUCAGCGGACAGGAAGUGUUGAGAGGAUUUUUGAGUCAUCUGGAUGAGAUAUUUGGGUAUGAAUGUUCCGCAAAGAUGAGUAGGCCCUAAUAGAUUGUGGCUAAAUCUAUGCUCGGUUUUGAAAAUUAUGCUAUUUUUACUUAAUUUCUGCUUUUCAAAACCUGAAAAGAAAAAUUGGAAACUGAUUGACGCGAUUAUGGAAUAGGACUGAAGUAACUAUUUUUGCACUGUAAUACGCCUCCUGCAUUCUGUUAAGUGCUGCUGUAACUUUGCUUUUUCAUUCUUUCAUUACAGCACUUCCUCGGACCCAAGCCCUGCUAGCGACUCGUUCAUGGACUUCGUGUACUUCCAUUGGUCAAAUCAUCCUCACAUUCGCGGGGAUAUACCUCGCCCACUGCGCAUGCUUACGAACUCCGUCACGUGCUCGCCAGUCCUGUUGACGAUCACUUGUUCUUUGCGGGUGAAGCCACAAGUUCAAGGUCAUGUUCGACUGUACCUACUGCGAUUGAAACUGGGACACGCGCGGCAGAUGAAGUUUGUUGUGCGGCUGGAAUUCUUCCUCUUGCAAAACUUUAAUUAUAGCUGUUUGCCUCAAGCGCCGCUACGGUGCCAGAUAAAAGCAUUAGGAACUUAUUUGACAGUGUUGCCAAGGGAGAGACGUAGAGUAGUUGGAAAUUAAGAGAAAUUGCUUAUGUAGUGCCACGCAAUUUACUGUAACCUGGGAAAUAGAUUUUGAUACUCAAAAUAUUUUAUCUAUUUAUGAAAUAAUAUUGUAAAAAAUCCCACAGCAAGCUUUCAGCAAGACACCACAAUGAUCAAGGAUUCUCCAAGUGAACUCGAUACAAAAAUGAACGAGUUAGGACUAAAUUCUUAAUGGCUCAUCAGUCAAGUAUAAAAACCAACUGAUAACCCUUUAACUCCCAAGAACUGAUUGUUAAUUCUCCCCUCUAACUUCACACAUCUCUUGCUAAAUAAGUUUCCAGAAUGAAGUGUUAGAUCAAGAUAACAACUUUUACCUGAUAGUUUGAGUCUUCUCACUACCUGUUUGCUUGAUAACGUUUGACUGCAGUAGGAAGAAGUUACAUUUUAAAUCUCUUUCUGGGGUAUUGUGCGUACAUAAAAGCUUAAAAAGGUAACAUAUUAGAGAGUGGACUAGCUGAAUGACCACCGAACGUUAAGUGCUGCAGAAAAAAAGUAAACUGUGCUGCAAAAUAAAACCUAGAGCACAAG